AACGAUUCAAUUACAUGUGGCAGCUCUCGUCGAGGUCCACUACCGGAGAGGACUCAGCAGCAUUUCUCAGCACAAUCUCCGAUUGUUGUGGAUUCCAUGGUGAGCAACAAUUAAUCAAGCCUUUAAUUAACUACAUAACAUGAGCAACCGAAGCAUACAGCAGGGAAGGCGGAGACUGUGAAGACCGAAGACUAACUACUGUGGGUGCUGUGUGAUAGCAACGCGAUGUGAUCUCAUCACCUUGUAGUGCGGGAGCCGAACGCGAUGGCAUCAAGAAUCCAAGGGAUGUCGCUCAAGAGCCGAUAAUGCUUUGCCUGAACGCUCACGAGGAGUCCUGAAGCAAACGAACGCUGGCCGUCUGCGUUCCCUCCGAUUCCUGCUUGGAUCACACACAUUACACCGCAUCGCACCGCUGGACGGCCGGCGCCGAGGCGAUGUGGGAGGACGUGCACGAGAGGAAGAGGACGGACACAGCGGGGUAUCGCAAGGUGCACGGAUUCGUGGAAUACAUGAAGAAGCAUCUACCAUUGGUGAAGUGGCUGUGGGUGGACACAUGCUGCAUCAAGCAGCAGAGCGACCGCGAGCUGUCGGCCGCGAUCAACUCGAUGUUUCAGUGGUAUCGCGACGCGGAGGUGUGCCUGGCAUAUCUGGAGGAUGUGUCUGUAGCAGGUGACAUGACCGCUUUCGAGCACAGUGUGUGGUUCCGGCGCGGGUGGACGCUGCAAGAACUGCUGGCGCCGGGCGUCGUGGUCUUCCUAUCGCGCCACUGGGGGAUAAUUGGGCACAAAGGGCACAAUAGUCGGGGCCGAAGCGGGAUGUCGAUGCAGACUGGGCCAGGGCUGGAAGACAUGAUUUCUACUAUAACGGCCAUUCCCAGAGAGAUUCUGCAUGAUUAUCGAGCAAGCUUAACGCCAAGCACCAGGGCGUGGCCACCCCCAGGGCGUGGCCACCAAUUUCCGUAUUAACCACAACAACAACUUCAACGCGUGAUGGCUCCAUCAAAACGCGUCCAAAUGAGCUCAAACGAAGGGAGUAUACUCCUUGCAAUAUCAGCUCUCAAAUCAGAUGCUAUUGACUCCGUGUCAGCCGCUGCAAAAAUGUACAAUAUCCCAAGAUCAACACUACGUCGCAGAUUGCAAGGAAUGCCUAGUAGAGAGGACUACAUGCCACAGAAUAGCAGUCUUACUCUGAUCGAGGAGGGCGUCCUUCUUAAGGACAUAUUGAAACAGGAUUCUCAAGGGCUAUCUCCUACCCUUGAUAUUAUACGAUCUAUGGCCAAUUCUAUCUGCAAACCCUAACCCCAAAACCUGAAGUUGGCCGGCAUUGGCCUAGCAGGUUCAUUCAGCGCAAUCCCUCGCUAAUAAUGAAAUCUGGAAGGACCUAUGAAUGCCAGAGAAGGC